GGUAACUAAUUCGCCGAUACGAGAGAGGGAGGGAGGAAAACGCUAGGGGAGGAGGAGAGAGGAGAGGUCAGAGUGCAGUGGACCUACCUAGCCUUAUCCCCCCACACCCCACCUAGAUAACUCUGUCCCUUUGCUUCACAUACCAGCCAGGGUUUACUUGUAGAACCCUCUUUGCACUGCUUGUUGCAACCCAUUCGUUACAUUUGUCUCCUCCUGCUUCUGGGACCUGUGAGAUCCCAUUCUGUUUGUGGAUUGAGGAGCUGAGGACUGUGCGCAAUGGCUGCCACGAACAUGCUCAUGGCUGGCUCCGCUGCCACUGCCUCUCUCCGCAUUGAGAGUCCCGCCGCUUCCUCCUUGAGUUCCUCCGCUGCCGUUGGGCGUGUGGGAUUUGUUCUCCCCGCCAGGCAGCAAAGGCGGGUGGCUCAGCGGAUGACCGUGAAGGCCGCUAAGCAGCUUCACUUCAACAAAGAUGGGUCUGCUAUUAAGAAAAUGCAGGCUGGAGUUGAUAAACUUGCUGAUCUUGUUGGUGUCACUUUGGGGCCCAAGGGCCGAAACGUCGUGCUUGAGAGCAAGUAUGGCUCACCCAAAAUUGUGAAUGACGGUGUCACUGUGGCCAAGGAGGUUGAGCUUGAGGAUCCAGUCGAGAACAUCGGUGCCAAGUUGGUGAGGCAAGCGGCAGCCAAGACGAAUGACUUGGCUGGUGACGGUACCACCACCUCUGUCGUUCUCGCACAAGGGCUCAUUGCUGAGGGCGUCAAGGUUGUUGCAGCGGGAGCCAAUCCAGUACAGAUCACAAGAGGCAUUGAAAAAACUGUGGCUGCCCUGGUCAAGGAGUUGAAAAAGCUUUCCAAGGAAGUUGAAGACAGUGAACUGGCUGAUGUCGCUGCUGUCAGUGCCGGUAAUAACCCCGAGGUCGGUCAGAUGAUCGCCGAAGCCAUGAGCAAAGUCGGGCGCAGGGGUGUUGUGACCUUGGAGGAAGGAAAGAGUUCUGAGAACAGCCUGUACGUGGUCGAGGGCAUGCAGUUUGACAGAGGCUACAUUUCCCCCUAUUUUGUGACUGACCCAGAGAAGAUGUCUGUGGAGUAUGAUAACUGCAGGCUUCUCCUGGUGGAUAAGAAGAUCGUAACUGCCCGUGACAUGAUUGGAAUUCUGGAGGAAUCCAUCCGUGGUGGAUUCCCACUUUUGAUUAUUGCUGAGGAUAUUGAGCAGGAAGCUCUCUCUACAUUGGUGGUCAACAAGUUGAGAGGUUCACUUAAGGUCGCUGCUUUGAAGGCACCUGGUUUUGGUGAGAGAAAGAGUCAGUACUUGGACGACAUUGCUAUUCUUACCAACGCCACCGUGAUUCGUGACGAGACUGGUCUCGCUCUUGACAAGGUUGGCACUGAAGUGUUGGGUACUGCGGCUAAGGUCGUUCUCACCAAGGAUGCAACCACCAUUGUGGGUGAUGGUAGCACACAAGAUGCAGUUAGCAGGCGUGUGAACCAAAUCCGCAACCUAAUCGAAGUCGCCGAGCAAGAGUAUGAGAAGGAGAAGCUGAAUGAGAGGAUUGCGAAGCUGUCUGGGGGAGUAGCCAUUAUUCAGGUUGGAGCUCAAACUGAGACCGAGUUGAAAGAGAAGAAACUUCGUGUUGAAGAUGCGCUGAAUGCAACCAAGGCUGCUGUGGAGGAAGGCAUUGUUGUUGGUGGAGGAUGUACCUUGUUGAGAUUAGCUAGCAAAGUUAGUGCUAUUGUUUCAACCUUGGAUAACGACGAGCAGAGGGUUGGCGCUGAGAUUGUGAGGCGGGCCUUGUGUUACCCUUUGAAAUUGAUCGCCAAGAAUGCUGGUGUGAACGGAAGCGUGGUGGUUGAGAAGGUGUUGGCGAAUAGCAACCCAUCCUUCGGCUACAAUGCCGCUACAGGUGUCUACGAGGACCUCAUGGCUGCUGGUAUCAUCGACCCUACCAAGGUUGUCAGGUGUUGCUUGGAGCAUGCCGCUUCCGUAGCGAAGAUCUUCUUAACUUCUGAUGUUGUUGUUACCGAAAUCAAGGAAGCUGAGGUUGCUGUCGCCGGCAACCCAAUGGAUGCAUCAGGAUACGGUUAUUGAGGAAAAACAAAUUUAGGAGAUCUUGCGAGCACUUAGUAGUUGGGAUGAGUUUUAAUAAGAUCGGGAAUAUUUGGAGUGGUGAGCCAUACGUAAGAGGUUAUUGUAAUAUCUCCCAGUUUAACCUCACACUGCGAAGAGCAUCUACUCAGUAUAAUCAAACUUAGGUGAGAGCUUUAUAUCCUGUAGAUCUUCAUUCAGAUACGUCACACAAUUGCUAGGAUUUUCACAGCUCCUCAACAAGGUAAAGGUUUUUACAUGUAGGAAAAUUUCCAGCAUUAUUUCGUCAUUCCUCCACUUGACAUGUAAUGUAAUGAAGGACUUGAAGUUCCAUGAAUGGUUCGUCCGUUUGCAA